AUUAAUGCCCACUUUUCUCUCUCGUAAAAUCACCCACAUAUGAAAUUCAAUUAUAUUCACUGACAUUUUAAAAUGGAAAUGAAUAGAUGAGGAGUUUGAUGUAUAAGGUUUUGGAGGGAUGUUGUUGUAAUGGGUUUGUAUAAUAAGAACAAUAAUACUGAACUACUCUUCCAAGAGAGAAGAGGUAUUGUUUACAAGUUUUUGGAUCAAAUCAAGAACAAUUUCAGAAGUUCAAGAAGAGGACGAAAGUUUAGUCGAUUUACAAACCGGGGAUUACUGUUUUGGGUAUUUUCACUUGCUGUGCUUUGCUUCAUUUCAUUGGCUGCUUUUGGCUUAGGGAUGCACUUUCAUGAUAAACUGGAACAUGGCAUGUUGCCUUGGAGAGAAAUGCAAGAAGAUUAUAUUGGGCAUGAUGUCCCUGACCGCCCAACAAAGAAACCCCGUAGGCAGCGUUUUUUUCCUUGUGAGGUAGCAUUGAGGGACUCUGUCGAUUUUCUUACUGAACCCAAGGACUUUUUGAAUUUUACUCAGUUUUCCUUGGGAUAUAUGGAAACAGAAAAGAAAGCUUCCCAUAUUGAUGCUCAUGAACCUAAAUUUGGUGGACAUCAGACCCUUGAAGAAAGAGAACAAUCAUUUUUUGCUGUCAAUCAAACAAUUCAUUGUGGUUUUGUGAAGGGAGCUGAAGGGUUUCCAAGUACUGGAUUUGAUUUGAAAGAGGUGGAUAAAAUAUACAUGAGUGCGUGCAGAGUGGUUGUAUCAUCAUGUAUUUUUGGAAGCUCUGAUUUCUUAAGAAGGCCGACAAGCAAAUUGAUCAGUGAGUAUUCAAAGAAGAAUGUAUGUUUUGUUAUGUUUGUUGAUGAGGAAACUCUUUACACGCUCUCAAAAGAAGGAAACGCACCUGAUGAUGGUGGAUUUGUUGGUUUGUGGAAAUUAGUUGUCGUCAAGAACUUACCAUACACAGAUAUGCGUAAAACAGGAAAAGUACCAAAGUUCUUGACACAUCGCCUCUUUCCUUCUUCAAGGUACUCUAUUUGGCUUGAUAGCAAACUGCGGCUCGCAACUGAUCCAAUGUUGAUAAUUGAUCAUUUCUUGUGGCAAACUGGCUCUGAGUAUGCCAUCUCAAAUCAUUAUACUCGGCACUGUGUUUGGGAAGAAGUACUCCAAAAUAAGCGUCUAAAUAAGUACAAUCACACUGCAAUUGAUGAACAAUUUUCAUUUUACCAAUCUGAUGGUCUUACCAAAUUUGACCCUUCAGAUCCAAAUUCUCCUCUACCGAGCUAUGUGCCUGAAGGUUCUUUUAUUGUCAGAGCACAUACACCAAUGUCAAAUUUGUUCUCUUGCCUCUGGUUCAACGAAGUUGACCGAUUUACUUCACGUGACCAACUAAGCUUUGCAUAUACAUUCCUAAAACUAAAGAGAAUGAAUCCAGACAGACCAUUCCAUUUAAAUAUGUUUAAGGACUGUGAGCGUAGGUCGCUGGUCAAGUUAUUUCAUCACAGAGAGCCAUCUGCUCCACCUCCUCCAAGAAUAAGUUGAUCUUCUUCAUUCUUUACAAUGACUUGGUAAACUGGACAGCUGGCUCGUCCCAUUUGAACUAACUUUCAGAUUGAAGAUGAACUGAUGCAUUUCAUUGGCAACUAGAGAUUAUACAUGUUGGAACAAGGAAUUAUUUUAAGCUCUACUAAGUAGGUGAUAAUACUUCUCUUGAAUAUCUUUGGUUUGUCAUUUUGGGCCAAGAGUAUGGGGCUAACUCAUCUGCCUUUUAGCCACCAUUCAUGUGAUUGAGGACGGAGUAGGAAGUUCGUGAAGUGCCACUGCUGCUUGAAUUAUCACAACUGUUGGAUAUUUUCUGAGACUUUUUGUGGGUUCAGAACCAAACCAGUUUCAUAAAGAAGUUUGUAAAAAUUUAUGCAACUGUGAUAGAUGCUCCACUUAGAGGAGUGAGGAUGCUUGUACAUUGAAUAUUGUAUCUUCUCAUAUCCUGUCAACAUUGAUGAAAUUAGUCGUUUCCACGAUAUAGAGAACUAUUACUUUUCAUAUAGCCGAUCCCAACUUGUUUGGGAUUGAGAGGUAGUUGUAUCAUUGAUGAUGUUAUUGUAGUGAAAUGCUCUUAGCAUUGACAGUAUAGUCUAUGCAAUUGAAUUUUACAUAUUCUCUUUUCUAGUGA